CUCAACCAUCCGCUCUGCAAGGAAUGCACUGAUCUUCUGGUUAGAAUCAUGAAGGAGGAGACGGAAGAGAUUCGAAGCGAACGCGAUGCGCUCAAUAGGUUUGUCAAGGAGAUGUCGGAACAUCAAGACAGGAAGGAAGGGGACGAGGAAGAAGAUGAGAUGUAUGCUGGGCAGUCGAUCGAGGAGCUCGAACGCCAGUCAAAAUUGGCCACUGACGAGCUCAGGGCUGCGGAUGCGGAAAGGGUCCAGGUGGAAGAGGAAAUCGCCGCUUUGGAUAGAGAAGAGGCAGAGCUCGAGGCUGAAGAAGAAGCCUUCUGGGCGCAGCAUUCUAACCUUCUGUUGGAGCUGUCUGCCGUCUCAGCGCAAAGGGACUCCCUUCGCACAUCCAUCUCUCUCGAUGCAGCUCAGCUGUCACGUCUGCAACAGACGAAUCCCUACAAUGACGCCUUCUCUAUCGGUCACUCGGGUGGCUUUGCUACCAUCAACGGACUGAGGUUGGGCAAGCUGCCCAAUGCUCACGUGGAUUGGAAAGAGAUCAAUGCUGCAUGGGGUCAGACUGCUCUCCUACUCGAUGUGCUCGCUAGAAAGGUCGGCGUGCAGUUCACAGACUACCAUCUGGUCCCCAAGGGCAGCUUCAGCACUGUGAAGAAAGCGAGCGGCGAUGAAGCUGUUUAUGAACUAUACGGCACGGGCGAUUGGCAAAUAGGUCGAUUACUGGCGCCCCAAUCACGAAGGUUCGACCACGCUAUGGUAGCAUUCCUAGAGUUACUGCGCCAACUAGCAGCAGCAGCCUGCGCAAGUGACCCCGAGCUCAGGCUGCCUCACGCCAUAAGCAAAGACAGGAUUGGAGAAGCUUCGAUCAGACUUCACUUUGGAAGCGAGGAGACGUGGACUAGAGCUCUUCGGCAUGUCCUUCUGACGUGGGUCAUUCGGACUGUCGUGCGUAGACGCGAGUAAUCA